ACCUUGUGUUAAAGGCGCAUGUUUACACUGAGCUCUGUGUGAAUCAGAUUCAUGUAGAAACUGUGGAAUGGAUUUAGUUUCGGUUUAACCCGCGACUGCUGGGUACAUUACAGUGGGAAAGCAUGAGGGAGAAAAGGAGAGACCAUCAGGAAGACGUAGUCCUGAUUUUAACCGUCCAAACAUGUCCAUGUUGAGGAUGGUGCUGGUGGGAAAAACUGGAGCUGGUAAAAGUUCCUCAGGAAACACCAUCCUGGGCAGGAAGGCCUUCAGAGCUGCUAAGAGUGGAUCAUCUAUAACUAAAGAGUGCUGGAAGGAGACUGGAAAAGUGGGUGGGAGGGAGAUGAUGCUCGUGGACACUCCUGGACUGUUUGACACAGAAUUUUCUGAAAAAGAGUUGAAACAGGAAAUCAGUAAGUGCAUUAACAUGACGGCUCCAGGACCCCACGCCAUCAUCCUGGUGAUUUCACUCGGCCCCUUCACCGAGGAGGAACGUCUCUCAGUGGAGAAGAUCAGAGCCAUUUUUGGGGAAGAAGCAGAUAAACACACAGUGAUCCUCUUCACACAUGGUGAUGAGCUGGACCACACGAUUGAAGAGUACCUCAGUACAGCUAACAAGCCCCUCAAAGAUCUGAUUAGUCAAUGUGGACAGAGAUAUCAUGUCUUUAACAAUAAAGCAAUGCAGGACCGCAUGCAGGUUCUGCAGUUCUUGGAGAAAGUAGACAACAUGAUUUCAGCAAAUAAUAAUGAGUACUACACCAGUGAGAUGUACCAACGUGUGGAACAGCGGCUAAAGACCAGGGAAGAUGAGCUGAGGAAGUUCUAUGAGCAGAAACUACAUGAGCAACAAAUGGAACUGGAGGCCAAGUGUCAGGAAGAAAAGAGGAAACUGCAGGAGAUAAUUGAUGUGUUACAAGAAUCUGAUCAAGAAAAGGAGAAGAAAAUCAAACAGCUGGAGUCUCUGGUCAACCGGAGUCACCAAAUACUGAUGGAGUAUGAAAGAUAUUAUGAAGAGAAGCUCAAUGCAGUGAGACAGGAAGCAGAACAAACUCAGAUGUUUGAGGAGGUGCUGAUACACAUCCUUAGAGAGCUUAAAGUAUAAAAUAAUAUGCAUUUUAUUAUUAUUAUUUUUUUUUACAAUAUAUAGAAAUUAAAUGUCAAACUAAAUACAUUUAUUCAAAGAAAUCCUUUUACACUGUGAAACCUAACAGUGUAAAUGACUAAAUGAAAUGUGUAAUCACUACUUUCAUAUCUGAUUGAGAUACUUACUUCAUUUGUCUAUGAAAUAUUAAAUAAGCAAAACUCA